AUGCGCCGCGAGCUCAAGUACCUCGUGUACUCGCACCUCGCCCUGGUGGCAGUGCUACUAUAUUUGACAUUCGACCUGCUGACGCUCGCUAUCGACGACACGUUCCAAGACGCGCUGCUGGAGGUGGACCUCAGGCCGCCGCCCGAGGCCGAGGCCAAGCCGCAGCUGAUUCCCAAGAUCAUCCACCAGACGUACAAGACCGAGGACAUCCCGGAGCAGUGGCGCGAGGGCCAGCAGCGCUGCGUCGACCUGCACCCGGACUACGAGUACCACCUGUGGACCGACGAGACCGCGCGCGAGUUCAUCCGCGAGGAGUACCCGUGGUUCCUGGACACGUUCGAUGGGUACCGCUACCCAAUCCAGCGCGCGGACGCUAUCCGCUACUUCCUGCUGUCGCACUUUGGCGGCGUGUACAUCGACCUGGACGACGGGUGCGAGCGCAAGCUCGACCCGCUGUUGACCGUACCUGCGUUCGUACGCAAGACCUCACCUACAGGUAUCUCCAACGACGUCAUGGGCUCCGUUCCCCACCAUCCGUUCUUCCUAAAGGUCCUCGACUCGCUGGAGAAGUACGACCGCAACUGGCUGGUGCCCUACAUCACCAUCAUGUUCUCCACGGGUCCGCUCUUCGUGAGCGUAAUCUGGAAACAGUACAAGAGGUGGGGCGUCCCCGACAACGGCGUGGUCCGCAUCCUCCAGCCCGCCGACUACAAAAAGCACACCUACUCGUUUUUCUCUAUAUCCAGAGGCUCCUCCUGGCACUUGGACGACGCCCACUUCAUCAAGUCGCUGGCCAACCACAUCCUGGCCUGCGUGGUCCUGGGGUUCAUCGUCGCCUUCAUUGUCCUGUACGCAGAGUACUGCUUCUACUGCUGGCUCGGCGCCGGCGGUGGAGCCCGCCGCAUCGGCAAGGCUGUCAGACGCGUCUUGUCGUGGGUCGGUAUCACCUCCGAUCUAUCUUCCGGUUCUGAGACCCUAGAAAUGAAUUCCGAGUACAGACGUCUACGCAAAGACUCGAACCUACCGGUGAAUAUCGUCAUUCCGGACUUGGAAGAUAAUGUCUCGGAGCAUUACACUGAUCUGAGCGAUAAAUGA